AUGGAAAAACUAUUCAGAAACCAGAAGUUGAAUGUUAGUGUAAGAACUGUUAAGAGUGGUGAGGACGUACUAUUUUACGCAAAAGAUGUGGCAGAAUCUCUAGGGUACUCAAACACAAGAAAGGCUAUCAGAGACCACGUUUGGGAAGAGGAUAAGUGCACUCUGGGGUCCAUCCAAAGGGGGAACCUGGAGUGCCCCCUUUGGAAGGGUCAGCCCGGUACCAUUUUAAUAACAGAACAGGGUUUGUACCAAUUAAUUUUUAGAUCAGAGCUUAACACAGCAAAGGAGUUCAGGAGGUGGGUGUUCACUGAGGUCCUCCCAUCUAUCCGCAGGACGGGCUUAUAUGAAUUACCAGACAGAAGGUCACUUAGGUAUAACCAAAUGAUUCUUAUAAAUGAAACUGACCUUCAUCAUACAGUUGUGAGUUACAUUAGAGAUAACUACCCAGAGGCUGUAAUAAUACCUGGUCUAGGUGAGUACCAGGAUACUGUGUCAAAGAGAUGUGACGCUUGGAAGAAGGGAUACAAAGGUGGCCAGCCGGAUCUUAUUAUAGAGAAUCCUAUGGGUAAGUAUAAAGGAUUUGCCAUCGAAUUUAAGUCUCCCAAGGGCACCGGAGUUGCAAGCGAGAAGCAGGUAGUAUGGCUUGGAAAACUGAGGGAAAUAGGAUACAUGACAAUGAUAUCAGACAACCUAGUGAAAACUUGUAUUAGAAUUAACGAGUACUUCUCACUUAAGAAAACCGUAAGAAAAGCUGUAGUAAGAACUACCGCAAGUUGCGCGAAGAUGUACAGACCGAGGUUUAAGUCAGACAAGUACUAG